AUGUGUUCCCGCGGCUCCUGCCACAGCCACGACACCUCCUGCCAUGAAUCCCGCUCCUCCUGCCACGACUCGGGGUCCUCGUGCCACUACACCAUCCAGAGGCAGCCUGUGCAGAAGUUCAGCUACGUGACGCCCUGCUGUGCCCCAGUGCAGAGUUACUGCCCCCCGGUGCAGCGUUAUUGCCCCCCGGUGCAGCGUUACUGCCCCCCAGUGCAGCCCUGCUGCCCCCCAGUGCAGCGUUACUGCCCCCCAGUUUGCCCCCAGGUCACCAAGAACAUCUGCAAGCUGCCAAUGUACCCCAAAUACUGA